UACAUUUUCAGUACCAAUAAUACUUGUAACUUGGACGUUGUGGGAAAAUCACUUUCCUGCAUAAAAGAAAAGCUGGGAAUCAAAAUGCUCGCUUUUAAGAAUCAUUUUAGCCUGUCCGACACAACGGAGAUGUGUGAGAGUAUUAUUCCCGAUUUGCCAAUGGAUUUUGCAAUGUUUGUCGUCCAUGCAAACGAAGAUCGAUUUUUAAUCAACGAAGACAGCGCGAGGAUUUACAGAGCUUUAUUGAAGGCCACAGGUAAGUUCUAAAGUAGUACUGGUUUGCCGUCUAUGUGUAAAACAACACGCCCAAUAUUCAGUUCGAUCUAGCAUCAUAUAAACCACCCGCAGAGUAAACUUUUCAACCGGAAAGUCGCGAUCAAUAACUAUGUGAAAAUCGUGGGACAAGCAAACCCUUUUAUACCAAUACUAUGAUGAACAUCUUUCACGACAUUAUGGCAUUGUUGAUCAAUUCAAUUUGUGAAAUAAGUAAGUGAUUUCUUAAAUUGAGUUUUAAAAAAAUGAGAAAAAGGGGAAAAGGUCCUUUGAUUUCGUUUUCAAUUUUAACCAAAAACAAAGGAACUAGCGAGAAACACAGCAGAGUAAAGCAGGUGUUUACCAUGUUCAGUUGCAUUGUAAAAUAUAUCACCCCAUAUAAGGAAAUCUGAGACAGUUCUGGGUUCUGGAUUCCUUGCCAUGGAUUUCGGUUUAUUUGAUAGGGUCUUGAUAGUGGAACUUGGAUUGUGAAAUUCUGGAUUCCUUGAGCUCGAUACUUAUUUGCAGUACAAAAAUCUAAAGGUCACGAUUAAUAAAGGGAUUUUAAUUUCUUUUAUUGAGUUAUAGGAGGAAAAGUACUCGUUGUUAUCGGUGGUGAUGACAACUACAGGGACUCUGCUGAGGAACAAGGUUCCCUCCUGUCGCGCUGGGCUCGGAGAAAAGUUUCUUCUCAGUUCAGCGAAGAAUACUUGGAUGGAAGGCAGAGCUUUAUCUUCUCUUGGGACGAUGGUCACAGACCAAUUCACGAAGAAGCACUGUUGCAUUACUUUGAUCCUCAUAAAAAGGAAAAGAAAUUUGUUCCCGAAAAGAAGACUGAAGUAGCGAACACUCAAGUGCUCCCCAAACAGGUUUGCUUGUGUGCAUGUACCUUGUGAAAUUUUGGCAACACUAUUUUGAAAAAACCUCCGUUUAGUGGUACUUCGAGAUACUCGGCGACUGAUGGUUUUGCACACUUUUUAGAACAAACAUAUCGCCUCUUUUUCCCGAAUUUAGGAAUUGAAAAUCAGAAUGUUACUAACUCUGUAAUAGUUAUUGUUUAACCAGACAGCCGUUAUAUCUUGUCAAGAACUCAUAAUUACAAUCUCUUGUUGCAGGAAGAAGAUGAGCACAGGGAUGAGUCAAAUGUACCGUUCGAGGACUUCGAGGAAAUAACCCAUGCUGAUGUACCAGGUAAAGGGAACUCAGUGCAAAUGUUUCAAAAGAGAAAUAGAAAAAUAGCCGCAAAACGACAUCUCAAUGCCCUCAAAAUAUAUAAAACAAUUAUUCACCACAGUGCCGGUGGCUAGUGGUGCUAUUUAGCGAGACGCGAUGCGGCAAUGUAAAUUUUCUUCCACGAGCCACCGACACUGUGGUGAAUAGUUGAUUUAUUUUAGAUAUGUGAUAAAACAUUGACAUAUGUGAGCUUAAAAAUGAUAAAUUUUAACUCGUUUAUUGCUGCUAAUGAUUAAAAUUUUGGCGCUCAAAUAACCGAAGUUACUGCCGUCACGUUGCCUUGUCGACAAAUAAACUUUCAACAUAAAGGCAAGUUUUUAGCACAUGUAGAGACAUCUCUUCAAAAGGGGUUGUGAGUUAUUCCUGUUUAGUAUUUACCAAGUCAGUGAAUAGCAAUUUUCGCGCGUUUUGAUUGGCUCCCGUAACUCGGAAUAUCCUUGGCUGUUUUGAAACCGAAGCCGAGAUGGCGUCUCGUUUCGAGAAAUUUCGGAAGACGAAAUUUGAGCGAUAAAUGAAGCAGUCGUACAAACAAAUACCAAGAAAGCGACGAACUUCAGCUUAUCGGUGUUUACUGGUAGGUAGAAAAUUAUUUUCUUGCUGCAUUUGCAACAAAACCGUAAAAACGCGCUUGACAAAGUCCCCGAAAUGUUCAUAAAUUGUAAACAAACUUCCUACUCAGCGACGUUUUUAAUUUACAAAAAAGUUAUUUUUUUUCAUUUUCAGCUAACUGAUUUGGUAAAUACUAAAACAAAUAUCCUCCUCAGGGUCGGUGAACAGUGCUAGAUAUAUACGUCGACGCUUCGCUUCUCGCUAUACCACCACUAUUAACCUCCCCUUCGGGGGAUAGUUGUAUAAUAUGAAACCGUUCUGUACAAAAAAGCAUUUAGCUUAGUUUAAUGUACAUGUUAGCUAAAUAAAGUAGCGCAAGCCUUAAUGGUCUUAAUGUGCGUUUUUAAACAAAAAACUUUUUCACCGGUUUCUUCGAUAACAUAUAUAUCUAGUAUACAUCUGCGUAUAGUAAGUAAAAGAAAAUAUGGUUCAACUACUACAUUCAAAUACUGAAUGAAAACAUGAAAUGAAUCAUAUUUUGAACUGCGGAUAAAGAUAUGAAUGACCAUCGUAGUAGAGAUGAACAGACUAAGCGGUUGAAAAUUCAUUCGACUGCGAUGAUCACGUUAGCUUUCAUAUCUUUUCCCGCCGUUCAAAAUAUGAUUCAGUUCAUGUCAUUACCACACCAUCGGGUAUAUAACGAACUCACAAUGGCCUGCUCUCUAAUUUGCUUGAUUAGCUUAAUGGAUAGAGCGUUGCGUCCGAUUAUCGUAAAGGGCAGGCAGGGUUCAAUUCUCGGCCAACCCUGAAACUUUUCAGGUUCUUUUAUUCAACUCCUGUUCAUUCUACUGCAAUGAUCAUGUUCACUUUCAUAUACAUAAAAGUACUCUUCAAGGAAAUUCAAAUAGAUAGUAUAAUAAAAAAGUAAACAACAAGUAAACCCUAACUAAAAUUCUACUGCGCUCCUUCAAAAUAAAAAAAAAUGUUUAUGCGCGCAUGACGAGGUCUAAAAUUGGUGCAAGAUUUCCGUUGAGCAGGUAACGAAUUGAAAAGAUUGAUCAGCAGCGUCCUCAAAGGUAUUCGGUGCCAGCAGUAUUGUUAUAUGUUUUACUGUCUCACAAGAGCUUAGUAAUGUACCGUGGCUAACAGUUUACGAUCUUAGAUUUCUGGGCCAGUGCUCAUUGUGCAAAACCUUAUGGGCUGCCUUAAAUAGAUACAGUCCAGUUGCUCCCUCAUUGGUAACCAACCUAAUUUAAGUAUAUUAUGUACGGCCUUUACAUUGAGACAUGUAAGAUGGCAGCUGAAAACUGGAUACACUCAAGCCUUUCGAUUGAGAGAAAUUUCCCCUGGUGGGUUGAAAAAAUACGUCUUGGUAUGACCGAACUAAGGUACGGUAAAAAGGGCAACGAAAACGUGCAACUUGUUUUGUAACAUGGCUGCGAAUCGAGUUGAAUAGCGAUGUUGCACGUUUUACGACCCAUCAACCUGUCUUGUAACAAAUCAGGUUGUUGCACGUUGCGAAAAGUUGUUGCAGAUAGUAGAGAGUAGGUCAACUUUUUGCAACAAAAUCUGUACAUGUUGCACGCGCUUUACCAGCCCAAGGCAAACAUUUUUUGCAAUAAAUGACGUAACUCCCGUGACAUGACUUCCGCGUAAUUUUAUCCAAUCAGAAGUCAGUAUUCACCGUCGCAACUUGCAACAACCUCAUUUGUUACAAGACGGGUAAAACGCGCGCUUUCCAACUCGUUUUGCAGCAAUAUUGCAAAACAAGUUGCACUUGUUUGUUGCCCGUUUUAUCAUAGCUUAAAGCAUAGCCAAGGUACCGUAAUGGAAGUACCCAAGUCGUUACCAUGCUCUUCCCAUUUGAGGUUAUAGUUGAUAUGCACCCCGAGCAACUUGUUAAGCCGACACGCUCCAGAGGUUUUCCUACGGUAGUGAAGUUGAGUGAGCGGUCGGCCAGCUUGUGGUAGGUUGACAUAUCUGCUGGGUGGGAAAAAGUAUGCACUUGGUCUUAAAAGGAUUCAAGGAAAGAUUGGAAUCCUUAGAUUAUGGCCCAUGCUUGGUGAGACAACGGUUCAAAUCUCUCACCCUUGUGCUUGAAUCUCAGAGUUCCUUGACUGCACAGUGGGUAAUGGUAGCAUCUGCAUUUUGAGAACAAGCUGGGGAUGGAUCAAGGGAAGAGAGAUUGAUCGAGGUUAUCUGCAGUUCUGGCGCAUACAAGUUGAACAUCAUCGGCCCAAGGAUGGGCCCAUGAGGCUAAAUAAGAAAACUUUCCUUCAACUUUUUACCUACCUUUUGCAAUUUUUGUUCCAGAGGAUUCCAUGCAAACAACAGAACCUAAACGUGCACGUGAAGAAGAAAUGGAAAGCAUAGCGAUCCUUAUCCGGGACGAGUCUGAUAUUAAUACCAUUAUGAAGGGCGUGUUUGGUGAUGUCUUACCGGGUAUUAAUACUAUCACAUCGAGAGAUCCGUGCGAUAUGAAGGUUUUAUUGCAAAAUACGCCAGUUAGAUCCUGUUUUAUUAUUGUUGAAUCUACGAAAAUAAAAGAGGAAUCGCUGACGAAAUCAAGCAGUACCGUUUACCAAGACCUUCUGAAAACUGCCAAGAGGAUUGUAGGUAAGAACAUU